CAACGCUUGGCUGUGCGCGUUUAUCUGUGGCUGUCGACUGUAGUCGACGCUCGUACCGAAGUGGUUAAAUGUCCAAAUGCAGGACCUCCUUUGGGGUAGAAAUAUACAAAAUUUUUCAAAAGAGUGUAAGAAAAAAUUUUUUGCCUCGUACUCAAAUGUUUUCUGCAAGCCCUGUAUGCUCAGACAGCUUGGCCCUCUCUCCUCUGUAGUGGAAAGUGUGGGCUCAUGCUCAGAGGAUCUCAUUCAUGCCAACUGCUUGCAAAUCAGGGUUAUGUAAAGGAAGGAUGGGUGCCGAGCCCCUUCCCUCCCUGGGCACCUCCUGAGGGCUUAGAGAAGGGAAGGACGCACCUGCUCCCCAGUGGAGUCUCGCAUUCCCUGGCAUGGUGGGUGAGUGGGGCACCAUGUGGGCUCCGUGUGGGUGCCGUGUGAUCCCACCAGAGCACAUGGGGUAACGGGCCACAUUGCCCAGCUCCUGAAACCCGCAGCCCUGACCCACUGUCUGUUCGCAAACUGUCCAGCACAUGCCAGGUGCCAGGCGAGUGAGCCAGCGUGGCCCCUUCCCCAGGAAUGCAAACGGCAGCAACCACCGGGCAACCCACACACCUGCCUGCUGUCUCCAUGGGCUGACACGUCACUGAAGCAGGAGGGUUGAGCCUUGUGUGGGGUGUGCGUGUGGCUCCAAACCCAGGGAUCCAUGACCUCACGUCUGACCCGGCAUGCCCCCUGAGCCUGCUGCCCUACAGGGAGCGUGUCACACGCCCUCCCUGUCCACAGAGGUGUGUGUGGUGUGCUCGCUCCUGGUGCUCGCCGCUGUCUACCAGCCCCCACCCCAGGAGACUCCCCGCCCGGAAGCAGACCAGAGCUCCCCAGCCCUGCUCAGAAGUGGUGCUGCUUCCUCAGGACCCAGGGAGUGAGGUCCAGACCCCAGCAGGCCCUUCCGAGCUCCAGCCCAGCCCCUCCCCGUGUUCCUGGGCCACCGCUGUGUGGCCUUGGAGCUCUCGCAGGUGGCCUGCCCGCCAUGGGCUGCUCCUUGGGUGGCUGUCCCUGCUCUGCACACCUGGUCCCCACUUCUCCAAAGGCCACCGCUGGUGCCGGAUCUCUUUGUCUUUGAGCAAGGGCGGUGAGAACGCCUCUGCCACGCCAGCACCUCCUCUCAGGGGUCGACCCCUCCAGGCACGCACCUCUCAUGCCCCGGAGCCCAGGCGUGGCAGAGCCACAUGGGGAGGGUGUGUCACAAAGCCUGUCUCUGCCUCACUCCUGCCACCAGGCUCCUCGCACCCCGCCCUUGCCAGGUGCCCAGUGCCCCUGUGUUCCCGAGGUCACCUCCUGGGUCUGUGCCUGGCGCCCGUCACAGUCCGUCACGCCAGCUGUGCCGGGUGCCCUCCUCCUAUGUCUGCAGGGAGUGGGGUGGGGUCUCGCACAUCAUUGCCGUGCUGCCACCUCAGCACCUGCCCCUGCACUCUGAGCACUCUGAGGUUAGCUUGGCCCACAUCCUCAGUCUUCAUGUGCAUGAAGUCACACAGCACGCGCCCCCCCCCGUGCCGGUCUGGGGCGCUGCCUCGAGUCCACCUGUGAGCGCACCACCACACAGCCGGCCGUGGCGGGGUCUGUAGGUGCGUGUUUGGGUUAUUUUCAUUUUUUGGCAACUAUGAAUGAAGCUGCCCUGAGCCUUUCUGUAGUUCUUUGGGCACAUGCGCAGGUGUCUCUGGGUGAAUACUGAAGUGGAGGUGUUGGGUCCUGGGUCAUGCGCCACAGUUAGUAGAUGAUUGCAUGAGCUUUCAAAGGGGAGUGAGGUAGUUGCUCCACUCCUUGCCAGUCUUCUAAAAAUCUUCUAACCCUCGGGAAGGUGUGUAGUAGCAUCUGGCUUGGAGUUUCAUUUGAGUUUUCUUCGUCAUGUCCUGGGCAUCGGACACCCUCUCCUGAGCGCCUGCUCCCGUCUCCGGCUGUCCUGCCGUCAAGUUCGCUCUUAUCUUAUUGACCUGUAGAAGUUCUUAUGUAUUCUGGAGAUGAGCUGCUGUCUGUCCUGUAUAGCAAAUGUCUUCUCCUGCACCAAGGGUUGCCUUUUCACUCUUUUAAUGAUAUUUUUUUGAUGAACAAAACUUCUUAAUUUUAAUCUGGUGCCAUUUAGGAAUCUUUUCCUUUAGGGAUAGUGCUUCUGUGUCCUGUGUAACGGCUCUUUCCCUAUGCCAAGGGCAUCAAAAAGUUUUAUUAUCUUCCGAAGGCUUCUUGAUCUGUUGCAGAGAUAGCCACUUAGCAAGUGAAUUAACGCACUCCCUGCCGGGGGCGGUUUCCCCAUUUGCCAGGCACAGCUACCGAGUGCACACCACCGGGGCCAGCGUGGGCAUCAGAGCAGACUGGGGUCGUCCAGCAGCCCCUGCGUAAAGCUCCAAUGGCUUCUGGAACACAGCCCCCUCUGGGCCUCUGCCCAGUCCAGCCUCUGGGCUCUUCGUGCCGCCAGCUGGGUGGCUUUGCGUGCUCUGGUCCCUCUGUGAGGGGCACUGACCUUCCUGGUCUCACCUGGCAUGUCAGCGUCCACAGGCCGCCAUGACAGACUGGCACAGACUGAGGGGCUUAACUCAACAGGAGUUUAUUCUCCCAGUUCUGGAGAGCAGAAACCCAACGGCAAUGUGUGGGCAGGGCCACACUCCUCCAGAGGCUCCGCGUAGGAUCCCUCCUGCCUGCUCCAGCUCCUGGGGGCUCCAGGCCAUCGGGCUGUGGCCAACUCGCUUCGGCUUCCGUCUCCAGACCGGAACAGGAGGGGCUUGUUACUGCAGCUCUGGAGGCCGGGAGGUCCAAGCGCAGGGCACUGCAGGGCCCGCGUGGACCUGGCGCCCAGCAAAGGCGCGUGGAAUGAGGGACCAGCGCUUGAAGGUUCCGCGGUUCUCGCUUAGCCUGCUCAGUACUUCCCGCCAGCGUGGGCAUCGGCAGUUGUCUGUGGCAUCUGUACGACCGGGUCUUAGAACUCAGAUGGAGAAACAGGCAGGCUCUUGGUCUUUAUUUUACUCCCUUUGGGACUUGGGCAGGAUGUCCGGUGUGAUGCUUUAGAGAAGCAGCCUUUGACCUGGACCUCGGGCCUGGGGCUGCGGUUUAACCUCCACUCGGGCUUCGGGCAUCUGAGCUCGGGGCCUGGGCUGCAUGUCACGCGCAGACAGGCCUCCGUGCUCUCUUGCUGCUCCGCCAGUCUCUGUGGCCGUCUAGUGACCCUAACUGGUGCUCCUGGAUGUCCUGGGAGCCCAGGCAUCUCUGGCCUGGAUAACGGGCCGAUGAGGACAACCUUGGCGGGUGACUCUAGUGCUGGAAUGUUCCAUCCUCCCGCCCUGAAGCAGGGACAGGGCAUUGCCAGGUGGCCUGGCAGGGUCUCCUCUCGGCCCCCACAACCUGAGGAGCGGCUGUCCUCACGUCCUCACCUUAGGUCUGUGUGCCAGUGGCUCCAGCCGUCACCCCUGACAUGGACCUGCUCCCAGCCCCACACGGAAGACACUCGGGGACCAAGUGCGGUUCCUGGAGACCGAGGGUGCCAGGCGGGUGGGGGCUGGGCAGGCCUUGGUGGGCCAGGGAAGCCCUGCUCACCCGUGUCUCCUUCUGGGAGCCGGAGGAAGGGAGACCGAGUGGGUGAAGCUGGAAGAUGCCCACCAGCCACCCCUGCCACGGGCCCUGCCUUCCUGCCUUCCUCAGUUUCCCUUGCUGGAACACGCCUUGCCCGGACUCUCCUCUCCUGCCUGUGCCGUCCUGUCCCCUGCCCACCCCCUGGUCUCCAAGAGGGUCUGAGGCCACACCUGGUUCUGGCGAGCAGCGGGGUGCGAGGUGUCCUCCGUGGGGAGGGCGCUGUUGGAGUGCGCAGACGUCCUGGGGGCGCCUGCUCGGGCUCCGGCCCCGCCCUCCCUCUCACCUCCCCAGCAGUGAAGGGCCCUGCGGGGCUUCGUCCCUGCCAGCCCCCGCUGCCCAGAGGGCAGGAGCGCACCGGCACCCUGGCAGGGGUGGAGCCUCACCCCGUCCCCGUGACCUGGGCUAGAGCACAGCAGCCCGGCCGUGCCUGGCCUCUGGGUGGCCCGUGCCCGCAGGCUGCGGGGACAGCGCUGUGGCUCCGCUGCGUGCGGGGAGGCACAGACAGCCAGUGCCGCUUGGUGCCGGCCUGGGGAGCUCCCACGGUCUGGGCAGCGCAGCGCGAUGAGUGGCCACUCACAUGGAGUGUCCUGGGAGAGGCGAGGAGAGCCCUGUGUGACCGGAAGCAUGGACAGUCGCCAGAAGGCACUGCGCUCAACUGGGCUCUGAAAGAAAGAGCUGGAAACGCCAGUGUGGAGAGCUUGGUGCCGGCCUGGGGUGUCCACAGCCUCUGAAUGGCCUUUGUUCCCUGGGCAUGUUUACUCGGGCUGGGGACCUGGGAAGCGCUGGCUCGGGAUGCAGCGCAGGGAGGCGAGUUCUUCAGGGACUCUGCCCACUCCCUCCCACUGAGGGCAGUAGGGAGCCUCCCUUGCCCGGCUCCAGGUUGCUGCGGUCUUGCAAUUUCACUGUCCCCAGACCUCACUGUGACCAGGGAGGGUCUCGAGAGCCGAGAGCAGCCGUGGCCCCUGCAUGGCUGGCCAGGGCCUCGGUGAGCAGAAGGCCUCCCCUUGUCCCGGCGCCCGGCUUCCCUCGGAGCGCUGCAGCUGGCUUUGGGCUUAGCUGGGGGCUUUCCCCCUCCUGUCUCCAUCCCCUCCCCUCUCCGCCUCCCCCCGUCCCUGGUCAGCUUCCAGGGACCAGGCCAUCAUGGAGCCCAGGGGAUGUUCUGGAGAGGCUGUCUGGGACCCGGCAGGACUUUCUCCGUGGAGACCCAGAGGAGCCGGAGUUCCUUCCCUUUCCUCCUUUUCUGCACACUCUGGGCUGCGUAGGCUGCCCCUGAGGGUCCAGCCUUGUCCUGCCAGGCUGGACGGCGCCUCCCCGGCAUGUCCUCUGCUCGGCUCUGAGCCCGAGGGUGAUGGCCAGAGGGGCGCCGUCCACGGGGCCUGGGCAAACCCACGGUCUGUGCAGGGCCACAUCAGGUCCUCGGGCGCCUCCAUCCCCAGGGUGCCCGGGCCGGCCCUGCUGGCAGCAGAGGCAAGACGCCGGUGCUGCCUGCACAGGAGUGGGGUCUGUCUCGGCAGGGGCUCACUGGGUCUGUGGCCACACCGGUUAUGGUGAGCAGCACGGGCCCAAGAUGUGCUCCCCGGUGAGGACACGGUGUGGGGUGGUCCAGGAAGGGUCGCAGGCUGCUCCUACGGGUGGAGGGCCCUACCCUGGACAGGGCUUGGGAUAAAGAUCAGGAGGAUCCCGGCAGCACCACAGCUCCCGAGCCAGCCCUGCUGAGGCUAGAGCACUUUGCAGAGAACUGCUGAUGGGCGUGGGAGCUGGCAGCCCCUGGGGGCCCUGGCAGUGGCUCAGGAAGACCCACUUUGGGAAGCCCUGCCCACCUGCAGGGCCUGGGGCUGUCACCAGCUAGGAGACACAAGCUCCUGCCAAGUGCAGCAGCCGCCCACCCGUUUCCCAAUGGUCUGGCAGCACAGCUCGCCCCACACAGCUCCCUGGGCUACAGCGCACUCGGGGUUGACAAUUUGCCCUUAGACAGAAGAGGUGCGUGAGAGGGGCCCAAGCCAGUGCAGCCGUGCAGGGGAGCGUCCUGCGGUGACAGCACGAUUGCUGUGGCAAGGAGGCCUUGGCAGCAUCUCCAGGGCACAGAGGACGGUGCAGCCCCCCAGGCCCCCAAGUCACCACAGAACCCAUCAUCUGCAAAGUGGCAAUUCUCCAAAGCACACAGGGUGCUGGCUGCUGCCAGGUAGAGACACGCAGAGUGAGCUGAGAACUUGAGUUAUGAAGUUUUAGGGGUAAAGGUCACAGAGCAUCUUCAUCUGCAGACAUGGGUUUCCCCUGUGGGAGAACCUGUUCCUAGGAGCAGGCCCCUGGUCCAAGUGACAGGCCCCUGGCCCAAGUGACAGCAACAUGGUCCUAGGGACAGGAACGUGGUCCUAGUGACAAGUCCCUGGUCCUAGUGACAGGAACGUGGUCCUAGUGACACGCCCAUAGUCCUAGUGACAGCAACAUGGUCCUAGGGACAGGAACGUGGUCCUAGUGACAAUUCCUUGGUCCUAGUGACAGCAACAUGGUCCUAGGGACAGCAACAUGGUCCUAGGGACAGGAACGUGGUCCUAGUGACAAUUCCCUGGUCCUAGUGACAGGAAUGUGGUCCUAGUGACACACCCGUAGUCCUAAUGACAACAACAUGGUCCUAGGGACAGGAACGUGGUCCUAGUGACAAGACCCUGGUCCUAGUAACAGGAACAUGGUCCUAGGGACAGGAACCUGGUCCUAGUGACAAGACCCUGGUCCUAGUGACAGCAACAUGGUCCUAGUGACAGGAACGUGGUCCUUGUGAGAAGCCCCUAGUCCUAGUGACAGCAACAUGGUCCUAGGGACAGAAACGUGGUCCUAGUGACAAGACCCUGGUCCUAGUGACAAGACCCUGGUCCUAGUGACAGGAACAUGGUCCUAGGGACAGCAACGUGGUCCUGGUGACAAACCCCUAGUCCUAGUGACAGCAACAUGGUCCUAGUGACAGGAACGUGGUCCUGGUGAGAAGCCCCUAGUCAUAGUGACAGCAACAUGGUCCUAGGGACAGAAACGUGGUCCUAGCGACAAGACCCUGGUCCUAGUGACAGCAACAUGGUCCUAGUGAUAGGAACGUGG